AUGACCUCCACACCCAAGAAAAUCAUUGCAAUCGUUGGUGCAACCGGCACCCAAGGAUCAUCGGUUGCUCGCACAUUUCUCGGCCUCCCCAACUGGCACGUCCGAUGCCUCACCCGCAAUCCAUCCUCAGAGAAAGCGCAGGAGCUCGCCCAGCUAGGCGGUGACCUAGUCGAAGCCAACUUGGACAACGAAGAUUCCCUGCGCCGAGCAUUUGCAGGCGCAUACGCCAUCUUCCUCAACACUGAUUUCUGGCAGCCCUACCGAGCAGCCCUUACCUCAGGUGUUGAUGCAAUCACCAGCGCAAAGCAAGGCUACGAGACAGAAGUCACCCACGGAGAGAACGCAGCCAAUGUUGCUGCAACAAUCCCGACAUUGGAAAGAUUCAUCUACUCAGCAUUGGGACCUAUGAAAGCUGCAUCCAAUGGAAAGUAUUCUGAUUCCAACCACUGGGAGACAAAGGCCCACAUCGUGAACUACAUUGAGCAGCAGAAGGUGGAUUUGGCGAAGAAGACUUCUUUCAUUUAUAUUGGUGCUUACAUCACCAAUCCUUUCCUGUAUCCAAAGUUCCAGGCAGAGAAUGGGCAGUUUGUUGCUGCUUUGCCGGCCAGAAAGGAAAUGCGUAUGCCUAUCAUUGAUACUGCUCAGUCCACUGGUCAUUUUGUUCGGGCUUUGAUUGAAGAUGAAGAGGCUGGGAUGAAGCUCUUGGCAUAUGAUGACUAUCUUUCCGUUCAGGAGAUCAUGGCUGUCUGGUCUCGUGCUCUUGAGAAAUCGGUCAAUUUGAUUCAAAUGACUGUUCAAGAGAUGCAUGAGAAGACUGGCCUUCCGCUUGAGGUUCUUGGUGGUCCGGCUUUUAUCGAUGAAUACGGUUAUUGUGCUGGGCUUGAGAACGUCGUUGAGCCAGCUCAGUUGAAGUCUUAUGAGCCACGGACAAGAUUUGAAGAUUGGGUGAAACAGCAGGAUGUUAGCGAAUUGCUUGGGCUGAAGGAUUUGAACAGUUGGGAUGGAGUAGUUCAGUAA